AUGCAGACCACUCGUGUUCUCCGUCAGGCUGCCGUUCAGGGCGGGCGCACUCCCCUGAUCCGCUUCCUCGGUCCUCGCACCAUCCCCUCUUCCAUCGACCACACCCCCAAGCCUCACCCUGCCUCCCCUUCGGGCAAGCUCCCGGAGGGCUUCGGCUCCGGCCCGCGCCACACCUCCUUCAGCUCCUACCGCGACCACGCUCAGCAGCACGGUCCCCUCCAGAAGUCGAUCCGCCCCGAGGCUGGCAUUGGCGGCACUCCCGGCUCUGCCCUCGGCUCCGUCGCCGCCCCUCCUGGCACUUACUUUGACGUCUCUGAGCUUCCCGCCCGCUUCCAUCGCGCUCCCCUCGAUGCUGCCGAGAUUGAGGCUAUCGAGUCGGGCGGUGCCGCCCUCCUCGGCUAA